CUCCUCUUAUCCCUAAACAUGCAGCUUUCUGUAUUCCUGAGCGCACUUAUAUCAUCUUUCGUCAUUCUUGCUGCAGCGUCACCCAUGCCUGGAGCCAUCUCAAAACGUUCUUUUGAGCGACGGGAACGAGGAGAACUUGACACAAACUUUCAACGUGAUCUCCUAGAAGAGGACAAGAAGCGCGAGGAGCUGAAGACCGACUUCAUAAUAUAUGCUUGGUAUGACGGCCCAGGCACUGGAGGUCCGAGAAAGGACCUCGGGUACGACGGGCACGACUAGGAUGAUAGGCAGCGUAGCAAAAAGAAGCGAGUGUCUACAAAACAUACUGAUA